AUGGAUCCUCCAUGGAGGCAAGAGGUAGAUCGGUUCUGUUACCAAUGCCUUCAGCUAGAGUCCAUUCUUGACUAUCCCCAAGACAAGUUCCUCCGUUUGGAAGAUGUUCAGGAUGACAUCUACAAGCGUAUCUUUUGUGAUGAGACGGGUAGUGUCGGGCCCCCAGACAGAUAUCGCAUCAAAAUUUUGAAGGAACUUGUGUUCCGAAUAGAGUCUGCCAUAGACGACUGGGAUAGAUAUGUAAGUUUUCUCCUCGUAGUUUUACAUCCAUUCUCAAGCUACCAAGCCAUAAUCAUGGUCAUUCUGACCAAAGGCCCAAAGGCGGUAUCAGAUGAUAUCAUGAACACACUAUCGGCACUUCUGGCCACUCCCAUGCCACCAGAUGCUGUAUCGGCGCAAAAGAAGUGCUAUGUAACAUAUCACCUGUCCUUGCUUGAGCGUGAGACGCAGUCAAAGGCGGCCGCUCCACAUCCGAGCAUCACACUCCUCGAGAAUCGAAACCUAAUUGCCGCGGGCGGUACUACGGGCCACAGGACCUGGGAGGCGGCAUUACAAUUGGGACAAUACCUGUGCCAAAAUCCGUCACUUGUCGCAGGAAAACGCGUGCUGGAGUUGGGUGCUGGUACCGGAUACCCGUCUAUACUCUGUGUGAAGCAUUUGCAAGCAGCACACGCAAUUGCUUCGGAUGGAUCCGACGACGUCAUUAAUAACCUGCCGGAUAAUUUGUUCCUCAACAGCCUCCAGGACUCGUCAAAAAUCACCCUGAUGGACAUCAAAUGGGGACACGCACUGGUUGGCACAGAGGAUGAGAAAUGGAAUGGUGGCCGGCCAGUCGAUGUCGUACUGGGUGCUGACAUCACGUAUGAUGAUCGUGUUAUGCCGGCUUUGGUCGCGACUCUUUUAGACCUCUUUAGGAUGUAUCCAAGUGUUCAAGUAUACAUAUCGGCAACCGAACGAAAUGCAGAGACAUACCAGGCGUUUCUGAAGGUGUGCAGACAGCGAGACCUGGCUGUGGAGGAUCUGCACGUUGAUGUGCCUCCUCGAUCGCAGCAGAAUGGCCCGUUCUUCGAUGACCAGCUGGCGAUGCACUUGUGCAGGGUGGCUAGAAUUGAUGGGACGGUGGGAAGAUGA